AUGGACCCUCAUGAUGAAUAUCAACGGGUGAUUCGCCGCCAUCUCCUUGAGAAGGAAGAGUUGUAUGCUCAAAUCCAGUCAAUGAAAUAUUCCAUCCCCAAAAACGACAAAAAUAGGCGAAAGCAGAUGUUUCUGGAUGCGGCUCGUCAUGAGGCCCAGAUGAAUCAGAGGCACCAGCAAGAAUUAGAAAAGCUCCAAGAUAAACUUAACUACAUCACUGGGGAAUCUAUUACAUCAAGCCUCGCUAAAAUGAACCAGGAGAACCUGCCUCCUUGCUCUGCAAAGGCCCAGAAAAGGCGACAGAGAACCGGGCUUCUUCAGGGACCCCAGGAGAGGAUAGCUCUGGAGGAGACAGAUCUGUUCAGCAUCUACCGUCUUGAAGAAGAAGAGAAAGUGGCUGCCAUCCUGAGGCCCAAAAAUCUGGUGAUGAAGACUAUCCCAGCCGAUGGUCACUGUAUGUACCGAGCCAUCCAAGACCAGCUCGCCUUCUCCGUGACAAUGGAGACCCUGCGCUAUCACACUGCCUCCUACAUGCGGAAGCACAUGGAUGACUUCCUGCCAUUCUUUAGUGAACCCGAAGGUGACAACUUAUACACUCAGGAGGACUUCCUAAGAUACUGCAACGACAUCAUGUUCAGAUCAUCGUGGGGUGGCCAGCUUGAGCUGAGAGCCAUAUCACACAUCCUACAGACCCCCAUCGAAGUGAUCCAGGCUAACUCCCCCAUCAUUGUCAUCGGAGAGGAAUACCACCAGAAGCCACUCACCUUAAUCUACCUGCAUUAUGCCUGCAACUUCGCUGAGCACUACAAUUCUGUGAAGCCCAUCAAGACCAGCCCAGUCGGAGUGAGAGGACUGGGACCAGCUCCACGCCUGUUCUAG